GAGCGGAGGUUCAACUUAAGAAUCUGUCUCCAGCCGAGCGUCAAUUGUUUGUCGAGUCUGACGCCAAGGAGUGGUCGGCCAUGACGGCCACUGGUGCUGCGCGCGUCCUGAGCCCCGACGAGUCUCCUUUGGCCAGACGCCGCCAUCCAGACAGAAUCCUGUCGUCCAGGAUGGUGCGCCGUUUCAAGCCGUCUGAGGGCGUGGGCAGUAUGCCCACCGCGAAGAGCAGGUGGCGCGUCCAUGGGCAUCAAGAUCCCGGCGGCGAGAGUUUACAAGUUUACGCCCCAACCCCCCAGUCAGAAACCAUCAUGGUGGCGCUACAGGUGAUCGCCGCGAUCGGGUGGGAACUUGGCAUCGCAGAUGCCAAGAACGCGUUCUGUCAGAGCAACAGAUUAGAUCGACCGAAGGGGGCGUUUUAUGUGGAAGCGUGUGCUGGAUUGAAUCUUCCCCCUGAGACGUUAAUAGAACUUGUGGCUCCAGUGUGCGGGCUGAAUGAUGCCCCGUUAUUGUGGCAUCGCACUCUCGCGGGAUACCUCGAGGAGUUGGGUUUUGUGCGUUCUCUGCUCGAGCCGUGCCUGUGGCUCCAGAGAUCGGCCAGUGGGAAGUUGCAGGCCCUGAUUCUCAUAGAAGUCGACGACCUGAUCGUGUCAGGCGACAAGGUCGUACUGGCUGCUCUGAAAGAGAGUCUGUUCGCUCGGUUUAAGUUUGGCAAGUGGGAGGUCGGAGAGGCCGACUACGCAGGUAGGCACGUCAAGCAGGUUGGGUCCAAGAUCACGGUCGAUCAGGAGAAGUAUAUUCGUGAGCAGUUAUCGUCGAUCGUGAUUCCCAAAGAUCGCCGUUCCAAGCCAGAGGAGUUGCUUACGUCGUCGGAGAUCGCGUCGUAUCGUGCUACUGUCGCUCAGAUACAAUGGCUCGCUCGUGAAUCGAGGCCCGAUCUGGCCGGAAGUGCCUCCCUGUUGGCGGCGGCUCUCCCCUCUCCCUCGAUCGAGGAGGCCUUGAUGGCCAACAAGGUUGUCAAAUUCCUUCGGGCGUUUGCGUCUCAGUAUAUCACGAUAUGGAAUCUGGAUCCGCUGUCGACCGCGUUUGUCACGGCGUCGGACGCCGGGGGCCCUGGAUCCGCGAGGCGCGGGGGUGCGCAAGCUGGGUGGUUGGUGUUCGCGGCGGACGCCGCCAUCCCGCAAAACCAUCGGGCCCGGGAGCUGAAGCCGCAGGAGCUGCAGGCGCUCUCGCGGGUCUGCUCCGGUGCUCUCGGGGGCCCGAACAGGCCUCGCGACGCGGGCUGCGAGGCCAGCCGUGAGGAGCUGCGCAGCUACUGCAUGGCCCUGUCGGCGGCAACAUCCGAGGGCACCCGCCGCGGGGGCCACCCGGCGGACUACGCGCCGCCGGCCCCUGCGUUGCCGCCGGCGUUCCACGCCGCGGCGCAGCAGAUCGACGGCGAGCCUUGCCUUCUCCGCGCUCGGCCCCACGCCCUCAGCCCGCCGUACCUGGAGGAACUCAGCUACUCCGGCAGGUGGGCCAGCCCCCUCGCGGGCACGCCCCGGGACGAGGAGGCGGACCCUUCGCCCUGGGCCGUGGACGCGCUGCCGCCCGAGGGCUUCCCGCAGGGCCCCUGGCCCGCCCUCGGCUGCCGCGACGAGGCCACGGGGCGGGGCGCCCGGGCGGAGGCCAAGCUGCACCCGCGCAUCGUGAACAAGGUCGCGCGCGCCGUGCCCCAGCCGCGCGCGGCGGCGCCGCCCGCGCGGGACCCGCGCAGGGCCGAGCCAGCCGCCUCGGCACUGCACCCGCUGGCGCCAGUGGCCGCGCAGGGGGUGCCCAUGCGCUCCAUCUCCGAGUUCCCCAUUUCCGUCGCUGCGGAGCACUACCAGGUCCCGCCAGACAGGGCGCUGUACCCGCACCCGUUCGGCGAGGUGUCGCCGUGGGACGGGCAGCAGUUCAGGUGUUCCGUGAAGAACUCGUUCCUGCAUUUCAGCGAUGGGCAUCAGCAUCAGGAUCGAAGAGUCCAUGGCCACCGAGAAGGAGGGCUCCUCGCAGCGCUCCAGCUCGGUUCCGAGCCGCUUCCUGGAAGAGCACAUGGAAGAUUGGCACAGGCGCAACCCCGAGCACCGCAUCGAGCGGGAGCAGCAGGAGACCCACCGACUGGAACGAGGAGCACCCCGAGCUGCGGGCACUCGACUUUGACUGGGGCGCGGCCCGGAGCAUGCCGCAGAUCCCGGCGGGGAUGUUCACCGAGGACUCCCCGAGAGAUAACGAGCCCACCCGCGGGCCCCUGGCGGCAGCCUUGGCAGCCGCGCGCUUCAUCUGAGCCCCAGAGCGAGCCACGCUCUGGGAGUCGAUUCGGAAGUCUGAACUCGGACUGUCGCGGCGAGGUGCUGCAGUACAGACUUCUCUCCAGCGUAGGACUCGCAGUGCUUGCCCGCAUUGGCUUGCCCGCAUUGGCUUGUCUUCACUCCCGUUGGGGGGCUGGACGCGCCGCGAGAUGCCAGGGUGUCCUUCUGGCAGCCUCGCGGCAGCUACGCGCAACCAGGUCCCAAGGGAAACCCAUACGUACCUGCACAGCAUGA